UAGUAACACAAAGCUAUGACAAAAAAUAGGGGAUCUCAAGACAAUAUUGAUGCCCACAAGCUAAAGAUUAUUUAUUCAUCUACUUGGUAGACAGACUUCAAUAUUACUGCUCAAUUCUUACUAAAUAAUCACAUGUGAAAUGAUAUCAUGUAACACUAUGGCCAUUAUGUUUUUUCAGUUCUUUAGCAAGAUCAAUCUGUUGUUGUAGUGUGUAUAAAUUUUCUGCCUUCUUUCUUUGUCUCAUCUCUAUAUCUCUGAUGACUCCUUCGUGCAUUGCUUCCCUGUCUCUUAUCUGUUUAAUAUGAACGUAUCCUAUGAUUGAUGCUGAAAACACACACGCGGCACCUAGACAUAUUUUAGCUUGAAGAGACAUUUUAGAAGACUAUAAAGAAACAAAAACAAUUUAAUAAUUUCUAGGUUAAAGCAUGACCUUUCCAAUCUAGAGUUGGGACAAACUUGCGAAUCCAAAAUUAAGAGUAUCCACCGCGGUAGAAUGACUGAUUCAAUAGUUCUGUCAAAAUUCCUCAUAUCAGUAUUACGACACGUAAUUCUGACGAAUCCGUCAGUGCCAGGUAGACAGAGCAAUAUUUUGUUUUGUUUUUUUGUACGCUACAGAUUCAUUUUGUACUUGCUAAAAGCUCUUUUAUUUAGAAACUGACUGUAGGUGUUUAAAAAACAAAACGCUACAAAGUUUUACUAGAUUUACAUACGAUUCAUUAUUACUAAGAUUGUCAACGUCGCAGAUUAACACAAAAAUGUCACUUGCUGAUCAGCCGUUCACCUCAGUAAUAGCAUGAUAGAUACUCGUCAAAUAGCGUAUACGUUUUGCUCAUAUUCUAUCCUAUUCGAUAUAAACGUAGUAAAUGUCAAGUUUCUGGUGUUUUGGAUUGCCUUUCUGAAGACUUGUUCUGUGGUCCUGUCUCACAAUCAGCCGCUUUUGACAUAAUUACAAUGUAAACACUCUGAAGUAAACAUACGUUCUCCUUCUUUUGUGUACGAAUUGCGUUUUAAAUUAUUUGUGGCAGAAGACUCAUUUUUCAAUAACUAAUCAUAUAUCUACAUAUCAUAAUGGAGGAACAUAUGAAUAGCAGUUUUGAAUGGGUUUUGAAGAACUACAUAAUAAAACUGGCAGAUAUUAUAGACAAGCUGGCAGACCUGAAGAAAAAUAUAGCUAGUCACCAUCACAAAUACAAUAUAGCUAAAACGGCUGGAACAGCAGUCAGCGGCACUGGUGUUGCAAUGAUUGUGGGUUCUGUAGCUACAGCACCCUUUACUGGUGGCAGCACAAUGGUUCUAGGGGCUGGUGGAGCCAUAAUGUCCCUCUCAGGAGGACUGUCAAAUGUAAUAACAGAUUAUGUGGACUACAAAACUACUACUAUGAUCAUGAGUGAUCUACAAGAAAUAAUUAGAAGCAAAGAAACAUUUGAUGAAAACCUGACCAGGCAGCUGAAACACUUUAGCAUGGUGAUUGAAAAACUUAUUGAAAGUGGUGUUGACAAGAAUGAUGCUGUGAUUGUAGCUGUUAAAGGAAUAGCAAACGGUUGCAUAGAUCUCACCCAUGAACCAAACAUGAAACUAAUGAAUGCUCUGAGCACUGCCAUAAAACUGCACCACAUUGAGACUGUAGGAGUUGAUGCAAUUCCAUACAUUGGAAAAACCAUGCACAUAUCAGAGAAAAGCUUCCAAGUUAUCUUAAAUUUCUUUGGACUCACUGGACAUACUGGUGCUGCUGUUUUCAGAACAAUGGGAAGAAUAUCAAGCGUCAUAUCAGUCGCCUUCACUGUUGUUGACAUAGCACUCCUCAUUAAAGACUGGACCACAGAACAUCCUACAGAAGAAAUCGUCUUGGAAGUACAACGGAAAAUUGAAGAAGAGAAAAAGAUCCUGAGUGAUCUGUUAGAAGUUAUCAAUACAUCCAAGGAUUCAGUUCAAGAUACUUGGAAGAAAGUUUUGGCAGAAAUUGAGACGAUAGAAGAGGAAGACUUGGCGUAUGAGCAUGACUUUGUAAUUAUUGAUCAUGACCAGCAAGAAACAGAUACAAAAGAAAAUAAUACAGAAAAGGAUAAUACACCUAGUGCAGAAGGCAAUGGAGAUUCUGAAAAGAGCAAGAUAGUUUACAAGGAUCAGACAGACAACGGGACAAUCAGCAAUACAUGUGUUGAACGUUAUGGUGAGAGGAACACUGAUCAAUUCUCAAAUAUAAAGAGUAUUGCUUGCACCAAGAUUUGAAUGUUUCUGCAAAUGUUAUUUCUAUUUUAUUUUAUUUUCUCUCUAUAAUUUAUUGAAUGCACAAUGUUGAAAUACUUUGAUUCAUAUAUCUGAUUUUUUGGAAUAUCAGUGUUUUGUAGUGAUCUUCCUCAAACAGAUUUUACAUCCUUUAGUCAAUGUGAUGUGAAUAAUUUGAUGAAGUUGUUGAUAACUUCUACUUUGCCCACUUAUAUGUGAGUAUAUGUUUAUAAAUAAAAAUACUUAAUUUAGUGUUAAAAUUAAACCCAAAUGUAUUUUUACAUUACAUUACAAUACAUUUUUUACAGAAC